AUGACGCCGCCGUCCAGUGCAGUUCCCAGUCUCUCCGAUGGUUCAAGCUCGCCGUCCUCCAGUUCUAUAGCUACCAAGAUGGCGGCGGGGAUCGAAGGGACUAAUGUCCUGGAGAACGAUGGCACGGGCAACCUCGUCGCUCCAGAAAGACCACCGACUCAGGCAAUUUAUCAUUGCCUCUUCCACAUUCUCCCUUGUGACUACAAAGCGGAUCGCGUGGACGAGUGGAAAACGCAUGUUCUCAGCCACUUCCGAGGCAGUCCACUUCCGUCGACGGCUCGAUGCCAAUGGUGCUCUGCUAAUUUCACCCAAGUUCAACCGGGUAGCGCCUGGGAUGCCAUGCUCGAGCACGUGGCUCACGACCACUUUGAGCGAGGAGAUACCCUCGCGUCCAGCCAGAUCGACUUCGAGCUCAUGCGGUAUCUCUACUGUUCAAAGGUCAUCACUGCGGAUCAGUUCAAGGCGGUCCAGCUCCCGCCAUCGCCCUCCAGCCCCGCAUACCGUCAAUCCCAGGACUCAGUCCGGGCCAGAAUUGGCUCCUCGGACGAGCCGUUCUGCUCUAGUUACAGCCCACGACGGGAGAAGAGGAUGCGCCAACAACGACGGGGUAUCAGUGUUGCAUGA